AACUUGAUUUAGUGCUAUUUUGGUCUUUUUCUCAAAAUAUAUUUAUUGUUACAUAGCCAACAUGACUUAACUAUUGAAAGUUGUCAUUUUAGCAUUUUAUUCGUCAUUAUUUUGUCAUUUUUACCUCAAAAAAUGUUCAAAUUUUAGUCCUUUUACCUUAGCUCAAUAUGAAUCAUGAUGAAGAUCCCCCAUGUUAUUUUUCAAAAAAAUAAAAAUCUCUGAUGUUUAAAAUAGUAACCUGACAACAAAACAACCAUAUUAUGUUAAAUAUUUAUUAAAAUUUGGAAACUAUCAUGGUGUGUAGAAAACUAUAGAGAUUCAGUUGGUUAUAUUAUUUUAUCUGACAUAAUUUAUUAAUAAACUAAUAUGAUUAUGUGUAAUAAAAAAACUGUUUUGCCAGAACAUAAAACAACAUUUUUUAAUUAUAUUUCAAUCAAUAGGUUUUUUUUGUCAAAUCGAUAGGUUAUAUAAUUUUAUCUGACAUAAUUUAUUCAUAAAAUAAUAUAAUUUUGUGAAAUAAAAAAAACUGUUUUUUCAGAACAUAAAACAACAUUUUUAAUUAUAUUUCAAUCCAUAGGUCAAUAGUUUAGUUAUUGUUGUAAAAAAUUAUAUUUCUACCACUUGAUUAUUUACCAAGAUAGAUCAAGACCAUAUACAAUGGUAAUAACACCCACUUCAUUUUUAACAUCUUAUUUUUUAUUUUUUAACAUUCCAUAUCACAUUCUCUCUUUUUCACUUCAUUUAUUCAGCACCUACUUCAGCUUAACUCUUUACAAUGGUUUGUUUUAAAAUUUCAACACCCUACUCAACUAUUUUAAUUUGUAUAUGUAUCCUUUACAACAUAAUAUUUACAUAUUAAUAAUUUGAUUGUAAUUAUCUUGAAAACUAAAAUAACAUAUAAAUAUUAUUAUUGGGAUCUAUUUAACAAAAAAGGUUUAAACACACAAAAAUAGUUGAUUACAAUAAAUAUAAUAUUUUUUAUGUAUUCAAAUGAAAUAAGAGUAAUCUCUAUUUAUAGAUUAAAAAAAUCUUGAAUUUUGAUAUACUUUUUCUAUUUUUAAAUUUUUUUUAUUAUAUAUAAAUGCUUUCGAAUUAUUGAGUGAGAAUAAAAAUCAAAAGAAAUCUGCACAACUAAUGAGAAGUUUUCUGCCCAACUAUUAAGCGACAUAUGGCAACGUUGGGCCAUAAUUUUUUUGUUUCAACAGUUGAAAUUCUACAACACUUGUAGAAUCAACGUAGAUAUACAUAAUAUUUCAACACUUUCAUUAGAAGGCUUUUAAGAGUUGAAACUCACUUUCAACACAUCCACUAUGGGUGGUCUAAUAAACAAAAAUCCAUGGGUUGUUAGCUAAUUUUUUCUUAGACCAUCAUUAACUUCAGUCUCUUAACUGCGAUUCUUAGCUUCGGUUAAGAGACGGUUCUUAGGUUUUCUUAGAUUUUAACUAAGAAAAGUUAAGAACCGUCUAAUAAAUAAGAAAUAUAAGAACCGUUUCUUAGAUGAAGAAUAUUAAAAAAAAAUGUCAAAUCAUAAGUUAAGAACUCUGGCUAAGAGACCAGGGUUAAUCAUUCCCUUAAAACUAUUUUUCUAUUCGGGUUUACUGUUCCACAUCCGUGUGCCUAUUCCACCUACAAAUUUGACUUCCCCUACGUGUAGAUGUGUAAUAUGAACAAGACUCGUACUAAUUAUAUUUUAAUCUUCCUUUCGUGACCUGUUCAGAUAUAUUUAUAUAAAAUAGUUUGAGAAUCCAAAUGAAAAACGUGAAUUUUGAAAGGCUAGUAAGUCAUAACCACACGUCAAUAUCUAUUUACAUACAAGUUACAUUCUCUGUCUGACAGACUGUCUCACACAAUCUGAAUAACAAAAAUUUUCUGAAGCUACGAUUCUUGAAGGGUCGAGAGAUGGAAACAAGCAAGAGCUCAGAAAAUACCUUUAAACAAAACCAAGAUUUCAAGACCGAAGGAAAAGUGCUGGAGGCCCGGAGAACCAGAGGAGGAAGAAGGAGGAGUGAGAGUGUGUCUGAUUUAGAAGCUGAGGAGACCAAAGGGUUUAUAGAUUUAGGUUUUGUUUUCACCGAAGAAGACUUGAAUUCGGAGUUGCCUGAGAUACUUCCGGGACUGCGGACGUUUCUCCACCGGGAAGAACAGAGUAAGACUGACUCUUCCGUUCCGAGACCUUACUUGUCGGAGGCAUGGGAACUUCACAGCAAUAAGAAAGAUUCAAUUGUUUUAGACUUGAGAAUGGCUAAGAUAUGUAGUGAGACGAACAUGAAGGAUUGUCUCAAAUGGUGGGCUCGUUCUGUAGCUUCUAGUCUCAAAUGAGAUCCAAUUUUAUUUACUAAUUCUUCAUUAGCCAUUGGUGGCAUUUCUAUUCUACUUCAACCUGAUCUCUGAGCUGAGAGCCGAGUAUCCUACCAACUAUACUACAACAAUUUUUUUUCUUUUGAGCAACAUACUACACCAAAUUAUAAACCUUUUAUAACAUACAAGUAGUGACGGCCCAACAUAGUAAAUUUUGUUUAUUUGGUUAUUGGUUGUUGUAUUUUAAUAGGAUUUGAAAAUCCGAAUUAAAUUUAGUGUUAUUGGUUCUAUGAUUUUCAAAUUUGUAUUAAAAUCAAGUAUUAUUAGUUUAAUGAUUCAUACAUUCUAUAUCAAAUCAAGUGUUAUUCAAUCGUACGAAUUUACUAAUAAAUUUGAUUUUAUAAUGGAUUUGAAUGGAUUUGUUUGAGUUUUUUUUGUUAAAAAUACAAAUAUUCAAAUCCGAGAGAAAACUUUUGGAUUUGUAAAUACUAAUCCGAAUUUUUUUUAAAUCUGUAUAUUUUACUUGAAUUUAUAAAUACUACAUGAAUUUCUAAAAUAAUCAAAAUAUAUAAACCAAUAACACCUCCACGUGUGUAUAUAUAUAAAUAAUAAACAACGAAAACAUGGAUUUGUAAGUGCCUCGAUCAGCCGUUUAUGUCUGCAUAAUACAAGGACUAAGUAAUAUUAUUUAAUACAAACGGAAAAUAGAGCAAAUGUUGCAUCACGUGAUUCUCGGAUCCAUGCUUAAACAACAAAAUGGGGUUGAAAAUGGAAAAAAUAAAAUCAAGGGGCAGCUUCUUGAGAUUCCUGACAGAUUUCUUCGAUUUGGGUAUUUAUUAAAGCUUCAAACACACGCAAAAAAAAAAAAAAAGCAUUUAAAGUCAUGGAGAUCGGCAACGACAGAAGAACUAGAAAGCAGAAAAGCAGAAGCUUUCUGUUCUGGUUCAAUUUGUUGUCAUGCAGCUAUCGCCAUACCUAAUAUUUUUCAUUGAGGUUUACGUCGUGGCCCUUCUCAUCCCAAUACAAAUUUAUUUAUAUAGCAAUCUUUUUACGUUUACCCUAUUUCUUGCCUUGCGUUUUACUCUUUCCUUAUAAAAAUUCAGACAUUUCUCAACAAACUCUUCUAGCUUCACUUAGAAUUAAUAUGUCCUGUUUUGUAUUUCUCCAGACCUUUUUGUUAACCAUUUUCAUAUUUUAUUGUUAGAAAUGUCUGGCUUCAUUGAUUCUUAAUCUAGCUCUGUUCCUGAUUGUUUCCUACAUAGUUUAUGAGCUGAGAGAGAGAGAGAGAUAAGAUCAAUGGGUAAACAAGGAUUACCGAGAAGUCCUCGACCUGAAACGAGAGAUAAAGAAGAGAAGAGUGGGAGAAGAAGUUUGGAUUCUUUAACAGGAAACGAUCUCUUCAUUGGUAGAAGAAUAUUUGGAAGUGAAGUAUCCAAGGCUCAAGGAUCUAAACAUGAUCAAAGCUGUGGCAGUAGCAACAAGUUCAGUUACUCUUGGAAGCAGCAACAUUCAUGGCUUCGUAGGAACUUCAAGUCGAUUCUUGUGAUGAUCUCUGUCACCAGUUUCAUCUUCUUUAUGGAUUCCAUUAUGGUUUCGAUCUUUCAUUCGGAUAGAAGCUCCGUGAUGCAGGACAUUUCAAGGUUGAGCAAUGACACUCUACAUAAGAAUGGAUCAUCUCAAGAUGCUUCACCGGUGCAAAUGUAUAGCCGUUUACUAUACUUAGCUUCAAAUUCUCUUGCAAAGAACGUAUUCCAACCCGAUACACCGACUUUUCAAGAGGAAAGAUCUUCAAAGUUAUCACAGUGGAAGCCUUGUGCUGAUAAUAACAAACAAGCUGUGGUGGCAUUGGAGAAGCCUAGAGAAGUGAACAACGGUUACAUUAUGGUUAGUGCAAAUGGUGGCCUUAAUCAGCAGCGCGUGGCUAUCUGCAACGCUGUUGCGGUUGCUUCUCUGCUUAACGCUACUCUAGUGCUCCCUCGGUUUCUUUACAGCAAUGUCUGGAAAGAUCCUAGCCAAUUUGGUGAUAUAUACCAUGAGGAACGUUUCAUCGAGUAUCUGAAAGAUGAGGUGCAUAUAGUGAAGGAUCUUCCUCAACAUCUAAAACAUAUUGAUAACAAGAAUCUCAGCUUGGUUACUGAUGCAGAGCUUGUAAAAGAGGCAAAGCCGGAUGAUUACAUCAAACAUGUUCUUCCUUUGUUAAAGAAGUAUGGAAUGGUUCAUCUUUUUGGAUACGGGAAUCGUCUCGGUUUUGAUCCGUUGCCUUUUGAUGUUCAGAGAUUACGAUGUAAGUGCAAUUUUCACGCGUUGAAAUUCGCUCCCAAGAUUCAAGAAGCAGGAUCUCUGCUGGUGAAACGGAUUAGAAGAUAUGAAACUUCGCGGAGCAAACUGGAUGAGGCAUUGCUUGGUGAAUCCAUGGUGAAAUAUUCAGCAAAAGAAGAUCAAGAACCGUUGAAGUAUCUUGCUUUACAUCUAAGGUUUGAAGAGGACAUGGUUGCUUACUCUCUAUGCGAUUUUGGAGGAGGAGAAACCGAACGUAAAGAGCUUCAAGCUUACCGAGAAGAUCAUUUCCCUCUUCUCCUCGAACGUUUGAAGGAAUCAAAGGCUGUUUCUCCAGAAGAGUUGAGGAAAACAGGAAGGUGUCCAUUGACACCAGAGGAAGCAACUCUAGUUCUUGCUGGUCUUGGAUUCAAAAGAGGAACAUAUAUAUACUUAGCUGGAUCCCAAAUCUAUGGAGGUUCUUCUCGUAUGCUUCCUUUAACAACUCUUUACCCGAAUCUUGUGACUAAAGAAACUCUCCUUACACCACAAGAACUCGCACCAUUCAAGAACUUCUCUUCUCAGCUAGCUGCAUUGGAUUUCAUAGCUUGUGCAGCUUCAGAUGUGUUUGCAAUGACUGAUUCUGGUAGUCAACUAUCGUCCUUAGUCUCUGGAUUUAGAACAUACUAUGGCAACGGUCACGCGCCAACACUGAGACCUAACAAGAAGAGGCUUGCAGCGAUCUUAUCAGAGAUUGAAACAAUAAAGUGGAAGACUUUUGAGAAUCGUGUGAAGAAAAUGAUAGAGGCAGGUCACAAAGUUCGGCUUAGGCCUUAUGGACGCAGUAUCUAUAGACAACCGAAAUGCCCAGAAUGUAUGUGUAAAUUUUGAUUCUUGCAACGUAAAACAUUACUCUUCUGACAAUUUUGAUGUUUCGUUAGUACAAAAUAGAAUAAAGACAUUGUAUAUCAUUGA